AUGAACUCACUAGUACAUUACCCGAGCUUUGUCGAUCCCUGCCAGAUUCGAACACUUGUGGUACCAAUUGGUCGCUGGAAAUGGGAUGACUGUGAGCUCGCGUUGGAGAAUUUGAAGAGGUUUAAUGAGAUCAGACUGCUCGACAUCACACCACUGGACAGUCCCUUGUUCAACCCGCAGGGGUUCCCACAGGGACGUUUGUUUUUCCAGUUUAAUUCUCUGGGCCACACCGACGAAACAGACCUGUUUCUCUGCGAUUUCGAACCCUUUAGGAAACAAUUUGUCGUGAUCGGGCUAGUAAACGAUGAUAGUGAUCCUGUCAAGAACAUGGAGAUUUUACGGGAGAAGUAUGCAACUACGAUAUCGCAUAGUCUGAUAUAUUUCAACAGCAAGAACGUUUCAGAAAAAUUAGAUGACCGUGAUCCCAGAGUCUUCCACAUAAAAAGUUUCAACGAAAUGGAGAAACGCCUAGAGACCAUCAUUUGCGAUAUUGGGAGAAGCUUUUUGCUAUCACUAAACCACUACUAUUCAUCUUACAAGCAUGUUACACUGAGGUCUCCAGGGAUAAUUGGUGGGAACUCCAUCAUGAAAAUGAACUUAACCAAAUACGGAGACGAUGUCCUUUCAGGGAAAAACUCUCUGCGCAACACAUCAAGCAACGCAGCAGCAUCACAGUCCGCGAACUCGAAAAGGCUCUCAUCCUUUGAGCUCACAACCAACAGCAUUAAAAAGUCUGCAUCUAUUAAACUAGCAUCCACAUUAUCCACCUCAGAUAGUCGAGCCCAACAGAGGGCCAGAGGAAGACAACUAAAGAUUCUGGGUAAUUUUCAACUCCUUGCUGGGAAAUACCUCGAUGCGCUUAACAGUUUCACAGAGGCUGCUGAACUCCUGCAUAAAAUACGAGACCUACUUUGGCUAGGAUCAGCAUUGGACGGUGUCGCAAUUUCGUUCCUUUUACUGUCCUAUCUACAAAUCUCAUUCUGCAUACCAGAGAUUGUAAAUAAACUUUGUCCAGUAGAAAUAUCUUCACCUGAGGAAAAAUCCGUGAAUGAUACAACGCCGAAGGCAACAACACCGCGCACAAGUACUACAGUAACACCAAUGCAUAUGAAGUCUCCAAGAAACUCUAUAGUGGCAAACGUGAAUCCUACAAUGUUGGAACUUGAAGUCGAUAAAGUCAACCUUCCUAAGCUCAUUCAAUUGAUAUCAAAUAAAAUACUAUACUAUUACGAGUUGAGUGUUUCACAUAACAGCGAAUAUGCACCGCAGGUAGUGUAUUGCAAUCUCUUGUUGAGAAUCCUAACGUUCAUGGUUUCAGCGAGAUCUGCAACAAGUACUCUAUCCACCAAAGUGCUGCAAAGCAUUAUCAAUCCUCAAUCUUCAACGACAGAACCGUUACCUGCAGACGAUUUUACAAAUACACACGCUUUGGAAGUUUACAGGUUUUCUAACAGACUGUUCGAAUUAGAUUUGGCAGGCAUGAGUAUUGAGGCGCAAAUCGGCGUUUAUAAUACACUGGCAAACGUAUACCAUCUUUUGGGUUACAACAGGAAAAAGGGGUUCGCUCUUCUCCUGUUAUUACAAACUCUUUUACAAGACAAGAAAACCAAAAGUUUCAAAUGGCACCCUGCAUACAGAGAACUACUAAAGGGAAUAAUGCACUUAUACAAGAUAGAUAGCAAUACAGAACCGUUGGCCCAUAAUGAAGAUGAUAAUUGGUUGAAAAUUCAAAAAAAAGUGAUAUGUUUAUGUCGAGAUGUCGCAGAAAAAGUAGGCGACUUUUCCUUAUGUGCUAAAAUGGCACUUCUAUUGAUCAGUAAGCAUACAUUUUGUUUGACAACUGAUAAUCAGGAAUCAAUAUUGAAAGAUUACAUCCUACCAUCUAUCAAGCAGGGGGAAAUUUUACAAUAUUGGGAUCCGUGUAUACUAAGAAGUGUCGAACUGCGGAGAUUGGAGACAAACGAUCCAACGAACCCUGAUUCUGAGUUUCCCCGGGAGAGGUCGAUAUUAGAUGAUCAAAAAUUAAAAUCAGUAGCCAAACCACAUAUGCUUGAUACGCAUGAAGUUUUCAAUCCGUUUAAACAUUUGACUUUGGAAGACGAUACGUCUAAUAACGCUACCAAUAAAUCUGAUGAUGCAGCCGGUAUCAGUACCUCUACCAUAUUUCAUAAGUUUAUCCUUGGUGAUAACAUUGAAUUGGCUUGCAAUUUGCAGAAUCCUUUUGAUUUUGAGGUAAUCGUCACAAAGAUAGAACUGACUGAACGAUCCAGAGAAUUUUGUCAAUUAGGUCAAAAUACUGUUACGGAGUUCAGCCCAUUCAUAUUGAAGCCCCGAAGCAUGACAACACUUUCAUUUCCAUUGAUUUUGCAAAAGUCGACAUCUAGCGAAUCACACAUUUUAGAGGCACUGGAUAUAUCUGUCUUCAAUCUUCCUUUGCAAGAGUUCAAAAUUAUUUUUGAUGACACUAAAAGUGAAUCAGGAAUGCACAGAUAUACCUAUAACGCAAUUGAUAUGAAGAUAAUCCCGGAACAACCACAUUUGGAACUAAUUAACGAUUCAUCGGCAGCAGAAAACUGUGUUAUGGUGUUGGACGGUACGACAACAAGACUUCCAUUGAGAUUAAACAAUAAGUCUCUUGGCUGUGAGGUGGAUUAUAUUAAAUUCUCUACCAUUACCAACAUAGAAAAAGAACUGAAGCCUGAUUACUGGCGGAAGUUAUCCCCUGAUAAGUUAUACAACUUCGAAUUGGGUCUACGAGCGUUGAAGCAGUCGUGCAUAAAGAUAAUUGACCAGCCAACUGGUUUGAAACCUAAUGAAGGCGUUAAUUUCGCAGUAGAUUUGGACGUCAUGUCUGUACCUUUGAACUUCAACAAGUUUGACCUCAUCAUAGAGUACGGCAUGAAAGGGUCCAGCGAAAAGCUCAUGUACGUUAAAGAACUGAAGGUUACUUAUGACGUGACAGUACGAAAGGCAAUCGAAGUUCCAAGCUUAGACGUAAUACCAAUAAGCGAAACAUUUAAACAAGAUGUUGGGGCAGAUGUUGACUGGGCAGCUUACUUACAAAAGCAGCUGACAAAAGAUAAGAAUCUUCGGGUCAAUGACUUUGCUUUAGUUUUGGUUGACUUUAGAAAUUCAUGGAUUGACGGUAUUACACUACAAGCUGAGUUUGACGACUUUUCGGGUAAGAGCUACAUGGUCGAAACAGAACACACUCUGCGAAUCAUCAUCCCUGUUAGGAAAAUUGCGAACACAAAUAACGUUCUAUCUGAGAAACCGAUACCAACCGUUGUUACCAACAGACAGUUUAUUCGUACAAACUUGACCGAUGAACAGAUUAUGGAUGUGAGGGAACGGUUCUGGUGUAGGGAAUACAUUCUUGAUAGACUUAAGUGUAAGUGGCACUUUUCGCACGAUAAAAAUGUUGGUGGGUUGGUCGAUGCUAGGAAAUUCCUGGAUGUUUUCGAUAAUAACAUCGUUGCUGCUCUCUAUGAGGGAAAAUUUCCUUACCACAUCAACGUGAAUCUCGAUAAAGAAAGUUUGAAGGUAGGCGAACAUUUGAAAGCGACAGUUAAUGUCAGCCCUGUUAAAGACAAUAGCACACUAGGUGAAUUACCCAGCAUUAUCUUGCUGAAUGUUCUAAUUUUCGACAACAGGACGUCGAAGUUGCUUUCAAAAUCCAAUCGUCGUAUUCUAUACAAUGGUCUGUCUUGUAAAAGUAUUAGCGGAGGUACUGCUACAGAAACUACUUUUGAUUUCCUCCCUAUUGAAACUGGACAAUAUCAGAUAUGUGCUUGUCUAUCGCGCUCUGAUGACCGAGACACCGUGAUUCAACUUGAUCAUUCGAUUGUAAUAUUUAAUGUUUUAUAG